AUGAGUGGUCUAACUGGACUCAAAGCUAUGUCCACAUCAGACAACCGCCUCUGCUGUCUUCUCAGCAAUUCUGAAAACGUCACCUGUGCCAGAACCUCUCCACCCAGCCCUCUGGACACAUGCGGCAGCCUAUACCCGAGCGUUGUCCUGCGUAUUGCCGGCUGGAUCAUCGGUCUUUCAUCUCUCUGCGGCAACGUGGUCGUUUUAUUUCUGCGCGCCACUCAGAAAAAACGCGCGACGGUUCAGAACAUCCUCACCAUGAACCUAGCGGUUGCAGAUUCUCUGAUGGGGGUUUACAUGAUUAUCAUCACCUCUGCAGAUGGCUAUUUCAACAGACUCUAUUUCCUGAGUGCCCCGUUGUGGCGAGAAUCCUACCUCUGUAAAUUAUCCUCUUUUCUUGCAUUUUUCUCAAGCGAACUCUCUGUAUUCACACUGACCCUCAUCACACUGGAUAGAUACAUCAGCAUCGUUUAUCCGUUUGGACAAUACAAGAUAACGUCCAAAUCUGCCAGCGUCGCCUUAGUAUUUACCUGGAUCUUCACGUUCUUGUUUAGUUCGGUUCCAUUCUUAGUCGGAUCCAACGUUUCCGGAUUCUACGGACUAUCUGAUGUCUGUUUCGGUUUACCGCUCCAUGUAGAACUGGGAGAGACUGGUAGGCUGGAUAUCAUCUGGGACCAGGAACUGAGCUCUGAGUUCAUCGUUAAGUACGUGGCCACCGAUGGCGAAAAACGGAAUUUCUGGGUGUUCUCCAUCGUGACCUUUAUCGGUAUCAACAUGGCGCUUUUCCUGAUUAUCCUAGCCUGCUACGUCGUGAUGUUUGUGACCGUCAAGCGCUCGUCGGAGGCCAUCCAUAACUCAGCUUUCAGGAAACGCGAGAUUCGAGUCGCCAGGAAGAUGGCGUUCAUCGUAGGGACCGAUUUCGCCUGCUGGAUGCCCAUCAUAGCAAUGGGUAUCUUGACCCAAACUGGUCUGGUGGUCCUACCAACGUCACUUUAUGCCUGGAGUGUGAUUUUCAUCAUCCCCAUCAACUCCUCGAUCAAUCCUGUCCUCUAUACUGUCAUUAAUUAUCUCGAGGGUAAGAAAACUAAAGAAAAGUGUAAUGGUUUUCUCCAAGCUCGGUCCACUCGGUCAAGCAAAGAGGGAAGUACGAAAAGGAUGAGUCGCUUGGACUCAAACAGCUCAAAGAUAAGCGAUAAGCAGGCGCCGAGUAAUACAAAUCCCGAGAUUGCAAUGUACAUGGUGAGAGAUAAAGGAAUAAAGGAACUGCAAAAGCCCAUUAUUUGA